AUGACUAAAAAACACUGCAUUUACAAACAAGAAUCAUUGGACACCAAAAAAUGUUUUGGCAAGGAUAAUAACACUGAUUUUCCGAAUAUGAUGGACCAUAAGAAAAUGUCACUAAACAACAGCGCCAUGAAAUCGCUAGAUAGCUCGCAGGAAAUACCUAGUACUAAAUCAAAUAAUGAAAUCAGCCAAGUUGAACCAAAGAUGUUUGGAAAUACCAUAAAUAAAAAGAAGUGCGUUAGUAAUGUUAAGUCAAAUUGCUCCGCAUUCAAUACCAAAAAGAAACAUUCAUCCACUUCCAAAAAACCAAAAAGAACGAUCGAGCUGAAGGAACUUUUUGGAGACGACCGGGAAGCUGUAAAACGUGAUAAAACUGGGAUACAAGAAAUAGAUACAGAAUUUAAAAAUGACGGUUUCAAAAAAGUUAGAUCGAGACAUAAGCGAAAGUCGGAAGAAUUUUUGAAAUUUGGAAGCGUCAAAAAAAGUAAGAGUGAUCCAUCAGGGGAAUCUAUUAUAAAAGCUCUAGCAGAGAAUGAAAAUAUUAUUUCAAACCAGACGAAUAAUGACCUUGUACCCAAUAAGAAAAAGAAAAAUCAACGUAAGCGGGUUAAAAAUAAGGAAAGAAAUUUUCAGCAGAAUAUUAAUAAUAACAAUAAAAUUGGUCAGCUCACAGCACAAGACGAAACUCAAAUUUUACCUAAUCAACAUUCUGAAGAAGCGAAGUCCGAUCAUGGGAUGGAUAAUGCUAAUUAUAAUACUAAUAAAGCCAGUAAGUUUGAUACCGAUGCCAUUCAAAUUUUAAAUGUUUUCUCGGUCAGUCAAGGCGAGAAUGUUGACACAAAUAAAAAGACAAAUUUAGAAACUUCAGAACCAGCCAAUUUAACGCAGCCUAUAGGCCUGAGUAUGCCGAUUUUAGACGAAACAAUAGAGUGGCAAAUUAGCCCAUUACCAAAAAUUGUGAAUGCUUCUUCAUUAAGUGAAGUUAAUAGUAUUACAUCGAAUGAAGAACAAGAAACGACUUCUAAUUCAAAAUUGGAUAUAAACAGGAAUGAAGAAAUUACUAUUGACGCCCUGGAAGGAAAGACUUCCUCUAAUUUAUCUAGUGACAAGAAUAGUAGAAGUGAACCAAAGAGACCAGUAACAAUUAAAAGCUUGCAGGAAAAUUGUCGACAGAUCUUAAACUAUGCCAAACAAAUAAUAAAAAAAUUGUCUGAUAAAGAAAUUGUGGAGGAAAAUAGUAUUAUGGAUAAAGUCGCUUGCGAUAAUCUACCUGCAGAUAACUUUAGUAAGGAUUUACUUAUUUCUACUAGUCAAACACAGAAAUCUCACGGAGAUGAUCAAACUUCACUCAUCAGCAGUGAUAUACAACAAACAAUAAAUGGAGACGUUCCAAAGAUUAUACCAAAGUUUAAUAUUACUAUAGAGAGAAGUGAUAAUGAAACGGGUGAAAGUUCUGCUAAUAUAACAAUAUCAUUUGCAGAAAGCCAAAAUGAAAGAGAUACAGGCGCCAGUACUCCUAAGAAGAAUGAUUUGGAAAAUAAAGUGAAAAAUAUGCCAGUGUCAGCUAGUUCCAUAACGAAUUUAUCGGAUCAAGAAGCAUCAAUUUCUUCGAAGGUAAAUUUAGAUUUACAAGUUAAAAAUCCCUAUGUGAUACCACCGCAAGCAGCUGCUGAAAUAUUACCAGAAUUAUUCCAAAAUAGUCCGCAAAUUAAUCAGCAAUUAUCGCCUGUAAACAAUAAAGUUAAAAAUAUGCCAGUAUUACUUAAUUCCAAACCCAAUGUAUCGCUUAAAUCGACGAUUCCUUCGAAUGUUGAUUCAGAAUUACAAGUUAAAAAUACCAGCGUGAUACCGACGCAUAAUGCUGCUAAAAUAUUACCAAAACCGUUUCAAAAAAUAUUACCAAAACCGUUUCAAAAUAAUUCGCAAAAUAUAUUAUCCUCUGUAGACAAAAGUAGAGCUGAGCAAUCUCUGACAAUUUUUCCAAUAUGUCAGUGGAACUCAACACAGGAAAAUGACAAAUCAUCGGAGCCGUCAACUUUGCUAUUGCCAGCAAGUCAAAAUAAUUUAGUUUCGCUUCUUUGCCCUCCGAAUCCAAUAACGAUAACUCCAUUAAAUGACCAAUACAAAAUUAUCAAUUUACCAGUUUUUGUGAAUCGAACGCAAAUAAUUCUACAGUCACCAACUGCUUUACAAAGUGAAACUUGUGAAAAUUCAUCUAUCAACCCAGUUACUUUUUCACAGCCUUCCUCUAAUUCUUAUGCUUUUGGAUUAGUACAAUCUGGAAUUUCACAGGAGAAAAUUGUGCUAACCAAACCUUCUGAGCGUUUAGUCAAUAUCGCUCCUGACAAUGCCCAACAUAAACUACCUGACAUACAAGUUAACGAAAUUAGGCAUUCUUCAGAUUCACAAACAAGGAUUUUCUCAUCAAACAAUCAGUUCAUAAGAUCUUCUGAUUCUGUAAUAGUGUAUUCGAAACCAUCCAUUAGUUUCCAAAAUGGACAGAAACGUACUUUACCACAGACUUUCACCAAAUGUGCGAUAGUUGUGCCAGGGACAACGAGCAGAACACACGAAAAAGCUUUUUCUCCUGCCAUUAUUUCAGAUUCGGAGAAUGUUAAUAAUGGAUCCACAGCAAGUGUGUGCAUAACUCAAUUUCAGCAUUUAGAUCAGAACCGACAUAACUUUAAUAUGGUACGUUCUGAGUUUAAUACUUCACCUCAAACUGCGACAAAUAUUUAUGACAAGAAUGCUAAUAGCGGUAGCGGCAACAUGCCAUUUGAACUUCCUGGUGAUUUACCAUUGGCAGAGACAUUGAAUGGACCUGGAAAAUCAAUAUCAUCAAAGUUUGAUGCAAUGAAUCGUGCGAAUUCUUCAAAAGCAGCUUCAAAUUUUUCAUCGAAUGUAUCUCCAAUGAAUAUAACUAAUAGCUUAUCAUCUCCUGGACAAUCGCAUAUUUCGAGUGCCAUGUCUCGAUCUGAAAACACAUCGAAUGAGACAAACGCGAGUUUUCCAAAAAUUCGAGUUAGAUCAUUGGAAAGUAUGAAUUCACAAGAAGCCGCUGCCGAUAUAAGCUUACCAUCGUAUAGAAAUCGUCAUCAAAACUCGAUUAAUGCCUCAAUUGAUGAUGUCGAUUUUCAUAUGUAUAAAGAUGCAAUCUUUUUAUGUUUUGCCGUUGACAUUUCUAAUGAUAUUUUUUGUGCAGUAAAUAAUUAUAAUAAUAGACUAUCGUUUAUCAAUGCUAAUGAUAUCGAUAAAUUUCGUUAUAGAAUUAGUUUAUUGGAUUACGAUGUCUUAAGAUUAACAAGAAGAAAACGUUUAUUCAAUGCUUUAAAUUAUUUGUCGAAAAAAUACGCUUAUUCGAAUGUUACUAUACUAAGAAACAAAACUGUUUUUAAUAAAAUAUUAGACAUAGCAAAAAAAAUGUCUGAGGCGAGCGAUAUAAUUAAUCACAUUGAAUCCUUAUGUCUAACUUUGUUCGUUGAAUUAUUAAACACGCUUACAAAUUCAAAAAAUAGUGAAAGUUGUGAACCAGAUAUUUCUACAAUGCUGCUUUUACCGACUAAUUCCUUCACUCCCUCGCAAGAAUUUUUUGAAAAUUCAAAAAAACAGAAAACCAAACCUAAAGGUAAACCUAAGAAACCUAGAAGGCCUAGUCUUCGGAUAAAUGAUUCAGAUAAUACAACUGAUUUGUCGCAUCCGAACCAGCCUCUUUCCCAAAACAAAUCAUCUUCGGAUAUUCAAUUGUUGAAUCAAAAUAAUGCAUCGAAAGAAUUACCACAUACAUGGUCGAGGACAACAAGUACAGGAAAUAAAGCAUACUUUCAAAUGAUGUUUGAACAAUCUCUGAAUGGCAGACGAAAUUUGCAACAAACUUCGGCCACAAUCGAAAAAGCAGUUACUAAUAAUAUUCUACCAGUUGACAACAGAAAUAACUUUUUUCCAAUGCCACGUAUCAAUUUCCAACAAACAGCCGAAAAUGGUUCACUAUUGAAUCAAUAUAUGGGGCAGAGUAAUGUAACUAACGUUUGCUCAAACAUAGCACCCGUAAUAUCGCAAAAUCAUUAUUAUAAUAGACCAUAUGCCAAUAAUAGUUACCGCCCUGUCUCGUACUUGAAUAAUCCAAUGCAAUCUCAGCAGAUACCAUAUUCUCGAGAACAAAGUAAUUUGUUACAAUGUAGUAAUUUGGCUAUGAUACGGGCUCAAAAUAAUUGCAACAAUAUGAACAAUUAUAGACCAUUUAUGAACAGUUUCAAUAAUAUGCACCAAGUUUCUUUUCAAAAUGGUGCACCGACGACUAGUGCUACAGCAGGGGUAUCCACCAAUAAUCAAAAUAGUAUGUGCAAUAACCUUUAUCAAAGAAAUCAGAAUCUGGGUUGUCGUUUCGGUCAAGGUGUUCCAAAUUACAAUAACGUGCAAAUGAUUUCAAAUCCUUUCCAAAACUUGCCGAAUAUAAGUUCUAUAAUUGAAAAUAGUUCUGUACAAGACCCUACGCAAAUGCAGUUUCAACCAGCUUCGGCCAUGAACGACAGAAUUGGAAAUCCAUCAUUAAAUUCUCAAACUUGCGGAGCACAAAAUGCCUUCACUGGACACAUUGAUUCAACACAAAAUUUCUUAAUAAAUCGCCCUGCAGAAAAUAGUGUUGUUGGAACUAAUUCAUCGUAUGUAAACACUGCGAAUGGGCCCAUGAUGCAAAAUAAUCAAUCUGAGCAAGAUGCACCAAUGAAUAUUACAAAUGAUCAUCCAGAAGUAGCAAAAACGAUGGAUAAACCAUGCCAAUCAGUUCAUAUGGUAGGUGAAAAGCUGUGUUCCAAAGAAGGGCAAACAACUGAAAUAGUCAGUUCUAUUAUUCACUCCUUUCCAACAAAAAUAGUAGAUGCACCAUGUCAAGAGAAUCUCAAGAAGCAAGAUCCUGCGCCUAUGAAUUCUCACCAGGAUACUGAGAAAGCUUCAUCUGAUGGAGAUGAUAAUAUAGAUGGGCCACGGAUAAUUUAUUGUACUAUGUGCGACAUGAUAGCUAAAAUCCAAUGCACUAUAUGUAAAGCAGCAUGUUACUGCUCAAUCGCAUGUCAAAAAAAACAUUGGGCUUCUGGACAUGCAGAGAUUUGUGUAAAAUUGACAAGAACUAGUCACAAAAAAUGA